AUGCAUCCGGAAAAGGCUCCAGAGCCAGACGGGAUGACAGAUCUCUUUUAUCAGAAAUUAUGGGAUAUUGUCAAGGAAGAUUUAACUCAUGUGGUUAAUCAAUUCCUAUUUGAUGGAUCGGUGGCGAGUGGACUGAACGAUACAAAUAUUUGCCUUAUCCCAAAGACAACUAAGCCUAGUGAGAUGUCUCAGUUCUGGCCCAUCAGUCUGUGCAACGUCAGUUACAAGAUAAUCUCUAAGGUCUUAUGCCAGAGAUUAAAGAAAGUCUUACCAGACAAAAUUUCAGAAACCCAGUCAGCCUUUGUUGCUGGAAAACAAAUCUCGGAAAAUGUAAUGAUUGCUCAAAAGAUAUUCCAUGUCCUGAGAACUAAACCAAGUGGACGCAAUAAAAGGAUGGCCAUUAAGACGGAUAUGAGAAAAGAGUACGACAGGAUGGAGUGGUCGUUCAUUGAAGCUGUUAUGCAAAAGAUGAAAUUUUCAGAAAUCUGCAUUAACUGGAUAAUGUGGUGUAUCAUUACGAUCAAAUACAAGGUGCUUAUGAUGGAGAACCAAAGGAAGAUAACAGGAAUGCGCGUUACACGCGCGUGUCCCUCAGUAUCCCACCUUCUCUUUGCUGAUGAUAGCCUUUUCUUCUGUACGGCGGAGUCCCGUGGAUGUAGAGAAGUGAUGAAAGUAGCCAAGAAGUAUAGACAAGCAUCAGGAUAA